CGGAGUUGCACCCGUUGUACUUGUAAUCACCAGAUUAUUUAUUAUAUUUAGUUUAUCUGCUUUGAAAUCCACAGAGUAUUUCCUAAUAAUUAAUAUACUGAAAUUGAAAUCUUUGAUUGAUCAAAAUGUGAUUACAUUAUAUACAUAAAGUUUUAAAUUUGAUGCAAGAAUAUUUUAUUUGACUUAUAAUAAUAAAUUAAUAUUAAUUAUUAGAGUGUUUUCUAAAUAGACCGACAAUAGUUAUGGAUAAUUAUUCUUAUUCAAGCUUCGAAGACUUGACACCAAGAAAAACCAAUACUAAAAAAGGAGACAUCAGCAUAUCAGAAGCUCUUGUUGGAUUUGAAAAGUUAAGAAUAUCAGCUUUAACAAAAGCUGCUACCAUUAGUCCAUUAGUAAAGGAAGUUACAAUUGGUCCUAAAUCUCCUCUCAAAAAAGAUAAUAUUGUUGUCACUAAACAUUUCGAGCCAUUUGAAGAUACUGUAAAUUUGUUACAAGAUAAAAUUGGUGAAGAUUUACGUUACACUUUAUUACUUAAAGAAUAUGAAUCAAAAUUACAGGAGAGUUCUACUGAAUUAUUCAAAAAUUUAGUAGAAAAUAUGAUAGCUAAUCAUGCUGAUGCCACUCAAAGAUAUUGGAAGAAACAGAGUGAUGAUUCAAAGAGAAAGACACUGGAUCUACGAUCUAAAAAAAUACAAUUAAUAAAACAGUUUAAAGAAAAUGAUAAUAUGUCAGUAUUAGAAAAAGUAAAGCUUGAUGAUAACAAAUGUAAAAUUAUUAAUAGACAGACAAUUGAAAAUAUGAAUAAAAUUUUAGAAGAACAGAAUAAAGCCUCAAUAAGAUUUACAUCAAUUACUGCCAGUCACACAAAAAUAUGUAUUUGUUUUAAUGAAAUAAUGCUCACUUUACAAUCUGAUCCCUUAGGUAAAGAUAUUUUAGGUAGGUACUUGGACAUGAUAAAUAAUAUUAUCAGCAGUAUGAGUGCAAUAAUGGAUUUUUGUAAAACAGGUGAAAUAACUGAUAAUGAAGUUAAUAAAUCUAAUACUUUGUCUCAAAAUAUCGAAAAUAUAUAUCAAAAAGUUCUUGAAGAUAUAGAAUAUGCUAAAAAAGAAGAUGAGAAACAAAAAGAACUUGAAGAAAUUGUUAGAAUACAGGAAGAAGAAAAGAAAAAACAGGAGCAGGCAUUAGCACUUACUAGCCAAGGCAAGAAAACUGCACCUCUAUUCUAUACAGAGAAAAAUUACAAUGCUUUUACUGAUCUUCAAAACUUCUUAAUGGACUAUGAGAAUAAAUACAAGGAAUUGCUAGAAAAUAGUAAUCUGAAAAAAUUUAGAUUUGAUUGCCAAAAAGCUGUAAAUACACCUGUGAACACUUUGUCCUCAGUAAGUGGUAGUCACAUGAAGAAAACUUUGGAAAAAUUAGCAAAUUUACUUAGAGGGGAAAAGGUGCAGAUAUCAGACUCUUAUGUAUCUGCAUCUCAACAUCCUCAAGGAAUCAAUUACUGCACAGCCUUGUUAGCAAGAAAGAUUGUAAGGCAAGGUGAUCUUUUAGUAUCAAGUAAUUCUGAGGCAGCUUUUCCCUUGGCUGCAGUAACUACAGUCUUAUGUGUGGAGUUUCCAGACUUCCAAAAACUCUUGCUGGCAAAUUUUCAUAUGCAAUGCCCAUAUCUGGUACCAAUGUUCCUACCACAAAGGGAGGGCCAAACUGACAAAGAGUUUUAUCUAUCUAGAGGGUAUACCUACAAUGAUGAAGGUGUUGUUGAAAAGCAAGAUAAGUUCUUAAAAAGAAUGUCUGGUGUAUUUCAACUUAUGUGUGCUAUUUGGAUUGCUAAGCCGCCAUCUUUCAUUCGAGCUACCAAUCCACUUGGAAUCAAGUGUGGAUGGCAAUGGUUAGCUUCAUUCAUUAAUUUGAAACCUGAACCUGAAAUCUGUGCUACAUUGUUGCAUGAUUUUUUCAAUAUUUGUGGAUUUGAGUUUUAUAAGUAUUAUGGAAAACAAUUCACGAAGGUUAUAAAAUUAAUAAGUACAGAUUAUUUAAAAAUACUUCAGAAUAUUGAUGAGGGUGGGCCAAAGACCAGACUUGAAGUAUUUUUGCAAAAUGUUUUACACACUGGCCAAAUUCCACCACCGAAUGGUCUACUGCCACAAAAUUGUUGGUAGAUUUGCAUCAUGUCUCACAUAAAUGACAAUUCUCAAUUAAUAAUGAUGUAAUUUAUUGGAUGAAAUAUAUAAUGAUUUAAUAAUAACUGAA